CCGCCCCUGCAGAAGAUCCCCCAGGGGGCGACCGGUGAGCGUCGGUGGCGCUGGGGUCCCGGGUUGCGUGUGCGCCGGGGGCCGCGAGGGUGCGGGAGGACUGGGCAGCGCGCGAGCUUGUGUGUGCACACGCGUGUCCGCACCGGCUGGGGGAGCGUGUGCACGGGUGUGCGCGGUGAGGGUGUGUGCGCGUGGCCCGGCGAGACGAGUUGGGAGUCCCUGAUAAGGAUGCGUCUCAGGCCGGGCGCGGGUGCUCCAGCCUGUAAUGCCAGCACUUUGGGAGGCAGAGGCGGGUGGAUCACUUGAGCCCAGGAGUUCGAGACCAGCAUGGCCAACAUGGUGAAAUCCCAUCUCCACCAAAAACACAAACAUUAGCCGGACGUGGUGGCACACGCCUGUAAUCCCAGCUACUCGGGAGGCUGAGGCCGGAGAAUCGCUUGAACCCAGGAGGUGGAGGUUGCAGUGAGAUCACGCCACUGCACUCCAGCCUGGUGCUCCGUUUAAAAAAAAAAAAAAAAAAAAAAGGAUGCUUCUCGGACCCGCCUCAACGCACGCCUUCUUUUCUCACCCAACCUCCUCCGUCUGCCCGUGGGUUUCCGUCCGUCCCGCUGGGACUCAGCGCUGGGUGACUGCCCCGCGGCCAGAGCAAGGGCGGUGUGGCAGGGUCCUGGAAGCCGCGCUUCCCACACGGGUUCCUUGCCCCUGAGGGUCGCAAGCUCCCCUGGCCUCCCUAACCCCCAGCGCUGAAUUGGGAGCCUGGCGGGGGCGGGGGGUGGGGGACCCGGAGCCCCAAGGCCUCUGCGGAGCCGGUCUUUCCGGACAGGGUGAUUUUCGUUUAAAGAUUAAUGGUGAAGCCGAGCUCUUAAUUAUUCCUCUAGGUGGGAGGUGGCAGGAAAGGCAUGUUAAUAUUUGAUAAGGAGCUAAAGGCGCUUCAAGCGGCUGGGCACAGGGAUCCGAUCCUGGAGGCACCUUCUUUGCAACCCCAGACCCCAUCACCGGAAGACCCCAUCUGCCAGUUCUCAGCCCAACCACCCCUCGGAUGGUUCUUGGGGUCCACGCAGGCUGAAACCUCCUCUCCCAAGUUAGGUGCUCCAUCCUCAAAGCGGCGGAGUGAGGGGUGAAGGUGUCCUCUGCACAGAGAGGAGCCAGCGUGUGCCCUUUGCAGCAGGGACUGGCUGAGCUGUCGUAGAGGGUCGAGGGGCACCUUGCAGCCUCUCCACCGGGCCCCUGGGAGAAGAAAGAGAAAAAGCAGAAUGUGGAAACUUUUAUUUGUAGGGUUGGACAUUGGAAACCUACUAAGCAGCUAGAAAGUAGAAAGAGAAAUGCUUUGCAGUUCUGGUGCUUUGUAGCUGUGUGGUCUUGGGUAAGUCACUUCCUGUCCCAUUUGCAAAACAGGUGUAGUCAUUCUGACUUCAGGGGUUUUAAGCGUUUGAAUAAGAUAAUGGGUUUAAGUGAUUAGUGCGGUGCCUGUGUGGCACGUGGCUGGUGCGUCAUAUACCAAGUUUAUGGGGCUCUCCCCCAAGCCUGGGGCCAGUGUCAGGAAUGUGUCUCAGCUCACCCCUCACACAAGCUGCUGCGAUCCCCUUUAGUGCCAAGGCUUUCUGACUGGGACCUGCCUUCCAUUCAUCUUAUCGAGGACUCAAGCUGAGAAGGGACCAGGUUGCAUAUGGAGACCCCCAGAGCAUCUCUGUCCAUUGAGACAAGAGGACGGGUGAGGAUAUUUGGUCCCCUUCAGAGCCCCAGACCCCUGGCCGGGAGCGGCUGAGACUUUGCCCAGGACACACUUGGGUUGUGCUGAGCUGUUUUUCAGGAUUAUCCCCUGUCCCUCAGAGGGGGAGGUGGGGUGAGCAAGGUCCAUUAGAGAGGCUUCUUCAGCCAUCUUGAAAUAAGGGGGAGGGGUGGCAGGUCAGUCAGUGUUGGGGGCAGUAGCUGGGUGACAGGCGACUGACUUUCGGUCUCUAACCUCUGGUCAGGGUGGAUGGACUAGGCAGGAUGUGGCGCUGGACACCGAGACCUCUGGAGUCACACUGGUGCUACGAUGUUCAAGCCGAGUCCUCCAACUACCCCUGCUUGGUGCCAGUCAAGUGGGGUGGAAACUGCCAGAAGGCCCGCCAGUCCCCCAUCAACAUCGUCACCACCAAGGCAAAGGUGGACAAAAAACUGGGACGCUUCUUCUUCUCUGGCUACGAUAAGAAGCAAACAUGGACUGUCCAAAAUAACGGGCACUCAGUGAUGAUGUUGCUGGAGAACAAGGCCAGCAUUUCUGGAGGAGGACUGCCUGCCCCAUACCAGGCCAAACAGUUGCACCUGCACUGGUCCAACUGGCCAUAUAACGGCUCGGAGCACAGCCUUGAUGGGGAGCGCUUUGCCAUGGAGAUGCACAUAGUACAUGAGAAAGAGAAGGGGACAUCGAGGAAUGUGAAAGAGGCCCAGGACCCUGAAGACGAAAUUGCGGUGCUGGCCUUUCUGGUGGAGAUCGGGAGAAUGAACUGGCCACCACCACUGGCUCCCUGCAGACUUUCUCAAGACCCUUCCCUCCCUUUCCAGGCUGGAACCCAGGUGAACGAGGGCUUCCAGCCACUGGUGGAGGCACUGUCUAAUAUCCCCAAACCUGAGAUGAGCACUACGAUGGCAGAGAGCAGCCUGUUGGACCUGCUCCCCAAGGAGGAGAAACUGAGGCACUACUUCCGCUACCUGGGCUCACUCACCACACCGACCUGCGAUGAGAAGGUCGUCUGGACUGUGUUCCAGGAGCCCAUUCAGCUUCACAGAGAACAGAUCCUGGCAUUCUCUCAGAAGCUGUACUACGACAAGGAACAGACACUGAGCAUGAAGGACAAUGUCAGGCCCCUGCAGCAGCUGGGGCAGCGCACGGUGGUAAAGUCCGGGGCCCCAGGUCGGCCGCUGCCCUGGGCCCUGCCUGCCCUGCUGGGCCCCAUGCUGGCCUGCCUGCUGGCCGGCUUCCUGCGAUGACGGCUCACUUCUGCACGCAGCCUCUCUGUUGCCUCAGCUCUCCAAGUUCCAGGCUUCCGGUCCUUAGCCUUCCCAGGUGGGACUUUAGGCAUGAUUAAAAUAUGGACAUAUUUUUGGAGAAACCUUUCUCAAGUGUGUUUUUAGCCUUCCACAACUACCCCACCCUGUCCCCCUCCACCCACCCCUGUUCCCCCUGUUCCAGGGUGGGGGCUUUAAGGCCAGGAGAUUUCUCCCAAGCAGGUACCACCAGGUGUC